UCUUGCAGCGGGAUUAUUGCAUGACCCUCGCUUCCUGCUUUCCUCCUUUGUUUGCCAUCCAUCCAUGCAGUGGUGGUUUGAAGUAUAUCCUCGUAUCUUAUACUUCUCCUCCCUUCCCUUCAGCCUCGUUUCAAACGAUCAGCGUCCCCACACGUCAUAGUGACACCAAUCGCAAAAGUUCCUUUAUGUGCGGACUUGUGAAUGUAAACUAAGAAGUGAAUGAUAAAGCGAGAUCAGGUCGAUCAUUCGAGGACCACAACUUUUAUCUUCACGUCAAACUUAUUUAUCUCUGGAGAAGAAACUCAACGUUCGCUAAAGUGUCACCUCAACCAUCUCAAAUCAUCUCUAUCGCAAAUCUCCACAACAUACAAAUACUCCAACGAAAAGAGAAACACAAUGGCCAACGCUACAUUGAAGAGGGAGCCCGCCGCCUCCGCGAACAAAGUGCCGACCUUGCACACCAUCCACAACGUCAAACGGUCCGUGUCCUACUCGCCUGCGCAGAACGGCGAGCACGCCGCUGCUGCGAGAGCGGCCGAGUCGACCCGCGGAUGCGAUCACAUGGUCAAGUCCGCGUUGACGGAGUUGCUGAACGACGACGGGGUCAAGUCGAAUGCCCGUGGGAGUCGGUCGGUGCAGAACAUGCUCAUGCAGAACGAGAAGAAGCGCAAGUCCCAGCGGCGGCAGUCUUUGCUUGAGCAGGGGAAUCAUAAGUGAGGGAGUGGAGGGUAUGCGACAAGCAUGAUGAGUUAAGCAAUCUGGGAUCGUGUUGCUGCUGCUGCUGGCAUGGCUACUUUCAUUGACUGGGAGGAAAAGUUGCGAUCUGCCUUGUCGACGAUGGAGACAUGGUACCGAUCUACUGAAGCUGAGGUCGAUUGUAUGGAGGCUCGGUGAUGGUUUGAAGAUCUAAGGAUGGUCAGUACACGAUGACCGGGUUCAGCAAGAUACCAAGUUUGGUCAGCACACGACGACCGGUGUCGACUCGGAUGAACUGCAGCUCUAAAGACGCUGGAGCAGAAUUGCAGAAGGAUUAGAGGAAAGCUGGAGGUUUCGUUGUCUUGUUUUUCAGUUCUGGGAUUUCCAAAAAGACGGGUUGCAUUGCGUUAUGAUUCAUGAGUACGAUAAUGAUAAUGAAUAAUGAGCUUCGGAUUCCGA